GGUGUGUUACCAGCUAAGUUAUUUGGAGAGAGGUGACGUUACAUGGCAAAUAGCUGCAGGGGAUACUUUUAGGGGUUUCUGCAAAUUUGUGAAGACGAUCUUCCAAAUGGAAGAGACAAAAGAAAGCUUGAUAUUUAAAGGUGUUGCUGAGAGACUGACGCUUGGCAUUACUCGAAUACUCGAGAACAUGCCUGGUGUGGUCGAUGUGCGUUUUGUAGAGAGGGAGCCUGCAGAGAAGAGGAGCCUGCUGUCAUGGGAACAGAAAAACACUUGUAUUUUGCCAGAGGACCUGCGAGAUUUCUAUCUGACAACGGAUGGAUUUACACUAACCUGGAGCGUUAAACUAGACAGUGAGUGUGUUCCCCUAGGAUUGAUGAUGAUUAACAGCGUGGCCAGGCUGUGCCCACUCCUCCAACCAGUAUCAUUAUUCUCUCUACCCAAUGCACCAUCACUGGCUGACCUGGACUGGGAGGAGAACAGCACAGAAAGUGGGACAGGGCAUUCUCCCGCUGCACCCCACUUUGAUUCCCGUUGUCGCAUCUUCGAGCUGGAUUCCUGUGGUGGGAAUGGCAAAGUGUGUCUAGUCUACAAAAACUGCACUCCAGGUGUGGUAGCCCAGCAGAGUGAAAUUUGGUUCCUUGACCGCUCGCUGGGUUGGCAUUUACUGACAGCAACCUUCACCUCCUACUAUCACCGUAUGAUCGUAUGACCUAUCAUUUGGCACAACCCCUACCCCCCCACCCCCCACCCCCCCCCCCCCCCCCCCCCACAGUGGGCAUCGCUGUACCAGCCACUGAUUUUCAGCAGUGAACUCAGCUUGGCUGAUCCUGCUGGAGAUUCCCAUCUCAACAAACUGGAUCCUACAAAGGCCUUCAAAGGCAAAGCCAAGAUACCCAUCCCCAAGAAGAAGCAGUCCACACAGUGCAGCUUAGGGAGCACUGCAAAGAGCCAAGGCAGCACAGGAAGACACAGUGGGGGAAAGCGGUGAGAAUGUUUCCACCCAAGGAAACAUUUCAACCAACUUUACUGUCUACACAACCAACAUGGCUUAGAGCAGCUGUCAAUUCCAUCAUUGGCUGGAUUAGAGCAUAUUGUAUGAAACUAAGUUUGAAAUGCUGCAUGUCUAAAUAGAUUCAUAGCCAUUGUUUUCCUCAGCUCAACACAGGGAUCAAAUGGUAACCAGCUGUUGGAGGCAACAUGGCAUGUAAAAAGGUGCUUUUUAACCUCGUUUAUGUGUCAGAGGUUUCACGCAGCAAGAGCAAUUGCCGUAACUGUAAAAUGACAUUAUGUUGGCCUGUCAUACAUUUCAAAACACAAGAAACAUCAUGCUAAUCAUCAUUUUUUGUUUACCGUUCACUACUCAAGUGUUAGUGGUGGAGAAAUGAGGCUUUCUGAAACACUGACGCUUUCCAGCAAACAGAAUCACCAAUAGAUUCAUUAUUCAAAGCCUCAUAUAACAGUGUUUUAACUAGUGACACCUAGUGGUAAAAAUAACUAAAAGCAUCCAAUUCAUAAAAUAUGAUUAUGUGCUUCUGACGCAUGACAAAUAAUCCUGACAUAGUAAAAAAUUGAACCACUGCUGUAACCAAUGAGUACACAGGAUGUAUUUGUAGUUGUUAUCACUAGGCUUGUUUUGCUGUUGUAAAUAUUAAAAUUCUAAUGUAUCAUACAACAAUAAUAUAAUGUAUACAAUUUGAAAAGAAGUGUGAAAAUGUCUAAAUAACACGCUUAUGUGACUAAAACUGAAGGAAACUGGAAGAAUGAAAAUAAUACUGUCGGUUUUAGUUGGACACUUUGAAACUCAGUGAUGAACAAAUGAUCACAGAAAGAAAUUGAAAACGAUUGACACUGAAAAUGUUUGAGCCAAUACUGAGCAUCAGUGGAAAGUGCUGUAUCUGACACCUCCAGAGCUUCAGUUUCAAACAUUCCAUGACUUCAGAGUGCAAUCAAAUCUGAACCUUGAAAUGUAACCUGUUACAUUAUCAAAGACUGAAAAUAACCAUCAAGUUGGGCUUCAGUGAUCCAAGUUUCUCACUGGCCAUU